ACCCUCUCACUCCCAAAAACCCUCUCCCAGCUUAUCCUCUCGUACACUCUCGACUCUUAUCAAAUUCAAUCUCUCUCUCACCAUGGCACAAACCCUUACACGUGCCGCCACAUCCACCCUCACGCGCCACCUUACUCUCUCCUUUAUCCUCCCAAAGCGCCUCCUUUCCUCCAAAUCCAUCACCCAUCCUCCUCCCAUCCCUUCCCUCCGCUUCUCCCGCCGCCCUCUUACCCCUCUUUCCCACGCCGUCCGAUGUCUCCCUCUCGUUCCCACGCGCUUCACUUCCAUCCGUUGCCGCGUCAACCGCUCCGGGAACUCCGCCUACUCUCCGCUCAACUCGGGGUCGAACUUCAGCGACCGGCCGCCGACUGAAAUGGCCCCGCUGUUUCCGGGUUGUGAUUAUGAGCAUUGGCUUAUCGUUAUGGAUAAGCCCGGUGGAGAAGGAGCUACUAAGCAGGAAAUGAUCGAUUGCUAUAUCAAAACCCUUGCUAAAGUCGUCGGCAGUGAGGAAGAAGCCAAGAAGAAGAUCUACAACGUUUCGUGUGAGAGGUACUUUGGAUUCGGAUGCGAGAUCGACGAGGAGACCUCAAAUAAGCUAGAAGGAUUGCCUGGUGUUCUCUUUGUGCUCCCAGAUUCUUAUGUCGAUCCCGAGUACAAGGACUAUGGUGCUGAAUUGUUUGUUAAUGGGGAGAUUGUUCAACGAUCACCAGAAAGACAAAGGAGGGUGGAACCACAACCGCAAAGGGCCCAAGACAGACCAAGGUACAACGAUCGGACUCGUUAUGUUCGUCGCAGAGAGAACAUGAGGUGAAAAGUAUAAUUAGAAAGAAAGAAAAUGAUGUAUAGAACUCCUUUUAAGUGUUUCUUGAGAUAUGGGAGCAUUACUAUUAUGAAGAGAAGACAUGGAAAAGAAAAGCUUAUGUUGAUGUUUUUUAAUGUAGUUCUGAAUCUGAACUUGAAUGUUUUGUGGUCUGCUUGAGUUUCAGCAUAAAACUGAUGUAGGAUUAUUUAUGAUGUUACCUUUUGUUUA